AUGCCAUCGGGACAAAUGGAAGAAUUACUGGCACCCGCUCGACCAAUUCGAAGAUCAAAGGGAGUCAAGGUGAUCAAGGUGGUCAAGAUAAUCAAGCUGAAGGUUGAGAAAAAUGCGUUUGCAAUAGGUCUCCGCGAUCCAAGCAUUAGAUCACCUGAGUGCGAACCUCGAACUUUUUCAAUUUGCUGUGAUUCGCGGCCAGAACUACUUGUUAUGCCUAUGUGCAAUCCGAUGCGUUUUCAGCAAGCACUUCUAAGUCAAUGUGUUCAAACAGAUGAUUAUUUUCAAAUAUCGCGAAGAAUAUAUCAGAAGAAUGGAAAAAAUUUCCAAGAAAGUUAA